GCAUGUGGUCGGCGGCUGGUGGGGGCUUGGGUCAGGGUGAGGUGGGGGUCAACUAGUGGGCUGCGUUGGGGGGGCUGGCGGGAGGUGGUGGUAGUGGUGGCUAGGUGGCGGUUAGGGAGGAAGGAGGAAAAUCGAAAAGUUAAUGCCGAAAUCAACAUGGUUAACACCAGAAAAUGAGACUAGAUUUUAUCUUGCAAAAAAAAUCAUUAUUGUGAUUUUUGUUUUCACAUAAUGCUUUAAAACUUUGUUUUUUUUUUCUUUUUUGCAAAGUUGAACUUUUAAAAGGUGAUUUUGGCAAAUUUUCCUAAUAUAAAACAGCAUGUUAUAAGUUUUAUAGUGUAAGGAUUUUCAUCUCCUUUUAACAUAUAAAAGUUCGAACAUUUGUCAUCUCCUAAAUGCUAAUACAUUUCUCCAACCAGGUUAAACUCGAAUGAAAUGUUCAAAUUGAAGCUGCUACGUGAGGGAUGACGGUAAACAUCACAAUUCAUUACUUUCAAAUACACAUUAGCAUAAAGUGCUUGAAAGAGACAAGUGAAGAUAGUGACAACCAACCAUCAUAGAGAAAUAAAGUAGUAAAGAACAAUUUUCUCUAGAAUUUAUUGGGGUAAUGCAUACUCUAUUUCUCCGAAAAAUUGCAACCUCUCUUAGGGGUAUCCUAGCUAGCUACUCUAUGCAUCGGAGUAGCUUUUGAUAAUUUUUUAACCAAUGCCUCGUACUAUUUAAUUCUGUGUGACACAUCCAAGGGAGGCGUUAUUUAGGGUUAGGCUCAACUACAUCCGAUCCAGAUCUCCUAUUGCACCUUCUUGAUCUCUAGUGCAGGUGUGCAACAUAUGAAACCCUAAAUCAAAGUCACCAAAAACAAGAUACAGCAAAGAUCUAUGUGAAAAAAACUCAGAAAUGAAGAUAAGUUGAAAUAUAUAAAAACAAUAAAGAUUUUUGAGAUGAUACAAGAGACAUUCGUCCCUUGUUUUACCAACUCCACCGAUGGCGACGAGGGCAUACAUCUUGCUCAGCAACAACGAGAUGCAUUGCAGCCUAGCUUCAAUAAUGGCGGAGCUCCAGUGUUCGAGACACAGUCGAUGAGAUCUCUCUUUUCCGGUCUAUCGAUCCUGAAGCAGAAGACGGAUGAGGUUGAGUCAUUUAUGAGUAUGAUUCUUAACCAACAAGUAAACCAUUAUAUUGGUCAGCCGGUUGAUGAGCUGACCUCUUCAAUGGCCUUCUCAAGCAUGGCUAACCUCAUGCCGGAUAUUGUUCAAACUGCGAUUAGUAUGAUGCGUGGAUGCGAGCAACUAGCCUUUGAUUCGGCACAAGCAGGCAACACUAGCAGUACUAGUACUAUGCACUCAGAUCAUCAAGAGAUGCAUACAAUUCAAAAGCCUGAUGAUGGACUAUUCCAACAACUUAUCGUUGAAGGAGUAGAUGAAAGCAAUAACCAUACGCGAGAUAGCUUCAAUAAUUUGUAUACACAUACUAGCAAGAGUACUGUGAACCAAGAGUGCGAGGUUUCACCAUACGCGUUCGACGUGGUGGAGCUAGAUGCAGCAGAUCUGCUUGCAAGGUACACCCACUAUUGCCAAAUAUGUGGUAAAGGAUUCAAGCGAGACGCAAACCUUAGGAUGCACAUGCGGGCUCAUGGAGAUCAAUACAAGUCAAGUCUCGUUAGCAAUAAUCCCGUCAAGAAGACGAUGACAUCGACGAGGAAGUACUCGUGCCCACAGGAAGGAUGCCGGUGGAACAAAAACCAUGUCAAGUUUCAACCUCUAAAGUCCAUUGUGUGUGCAAAAAACCAUUACAAAAGAAGUCAUUGUCCCAAGAUGUUUAUAUGCAAGAAGUGCAACCUAAAGCAAUUCUCUGUGCUCUCAGAUUUGAAGACGCAUGAGAAACACUGCGGGAACAUCAAAUGGCAAUGCUCAUGCGGCACCACUUUCUCCAAAAAAGAUAAGCUUAUGGAUCAUGUUGCAUUAUUUAUUGGCCAUACACCUUCGAUUAAUCGUCCGAUUAUAAUCAUGGAUAACCAGCAUGAAGUUGGAAAAUACAAAUUGUGUUAUAGGUAAUGCAAUUAUCUUCCACUAAGAAUUAUGUAUUGAUUUUGAUUUCCAUCGAUUUUAUACUGGUUGAUUAUUUUCCGACUAGCAAACUGAGUGUUUUAGUCAUGGUCGAUUAGGGUUUCUGUUUUCUUUCUUUUCAGAAUUAAGGGUUGGUUUCA